GGCCCGUCUGCAGAAAGGUGUUUGAAUUCCAAGCCCAGCAGCCGGUGCCUGCGAGAGACAAGCAAUGCUGGAAGUGCUGUAGCUGAGCCGGAGAUGGAUAGUGUCAGCAGCAACAGGAACAUGUCUUACAGUAGAUGGAGUUACAACAGUGUUCUGGAUGAUGAGGGGAGCAGCCUGCGUCAGCAGAAGCUUGACAGGCAGCGGGCACUGCUAGAGCAGAAGCAGAAAAAAAAGCGCCAGGAGCCACUAAUGGUCCAGUCCAAUGUGGACAGUCGGACGAGGACGCGCAGGACGAAACAUUCGGAGGAACAGGCGCCGUUGGUUGAGUCGUAUCUUAACAGCAACAGCAGCACAAUAUAUCAGGUGCAGGAGGCCGAACAGGAAGAUGUAAAGGUGGUAGUGGAUGCCCAAGCUCCGAAACCAACUAAAAAAACCAAGGGAGCAGCUGCAAGCUCUCAGACUAGCAGCACCAGAAAGGAGAAAAAAGGGAAACACAAAGGGAUUGAUGGCCCAGCUGCUUUUCAAGAUGAUGUUCAGAAGAUAGGAAGUCAAGUACAGAUUCUCACUGUUGGACAGUCCAGCCAUGACGAAGUUGAUGGAGAGAAAGUGGCUAGUGGUCAACAACAGCAAAGCAAACAAGAUCUUAGAACAGCAAUGCAGAAAAAAGAUCCCCAUGCAAAUCCAUCCUGGUCCUCUUCCACCUCCCAAUCCAGUCUUGUCGCCCUGGAUCAUGUUCCUGGCAUUUCAAGUAGCAUGAAUUUUGAUGAGGAAGAAGAUGAGGAAGAUGAAGACAGCUCCAGUUCUUCACAGUUAAACAGUAACACCCGACCUGGUUCUGCCACGAGCAAGAAAUCCAACAAGGAAGCGGCCGCAGCCCCCAGUCCUUCCACAAAUGAGCCUCUCAUAGACAUCGAUGACCUGGAGGAAUUUGCCAUAAGACCUGCUCCACAGGGUGUCACUGUCAAAUGCAGAAUCACAAGAGACAAGAAGGGAAUGGAUCGAGGGAUGUACCCUACUUAUUACCUCCACUUGGAAAGGGAGCAUGGUAAAAAGGUGUUUCUGUUAGCUGGAAGGAAACGAAAGAAGAGUAAAACCUCUAAUUACCUCAUCUCUAUAGACCCAACUGACCUGUCUCGGGGCGGAGAGAGUUUUAUUGGAAAACUGAGAUCAAAUCUUAUGGGAACUAAGUUUACAGUUUAUGACAAUGGAGUAAAUCCAAUGAAAACAACAUCAAGCCUGGAGGCGAGUACCCUGCGUCAGGAGCUAGCUGCUAUUUGUUACGAAACAAAUGUCUUGGGAUUUAAAGGACCUCGUAAAAUGAGUGUGAUCAUACCAGGAAUGAAUAUGGACCACGAAAGAGUUUCCAUCAGGCCACGAAAUGAACAUGAGACACUUCUUGCAAGAUGGCAGAACAAAAACACAGAGAGUGUCAUUGAGCUGCAUAACAAAACACCAGUCUGGAAUGACGACACCCAGUCCUAUGUUUUAAAUUUCCAUGGUCGAGUCACACUGGCCUCGGUGAAAAACUUCCAAAUUAUUCAUGACAAUGAUCCUGACUAUAUAGUGAUGCAGUUUGGCCGCGUGGCUGAGGAUGUGUUCACCAUGGACUACAACUACCCAAUGUGUGCACUACAAGCCUUUGCAAUUGCCCUUUCCAGUUUUGACAGCAAGCUGGCUUGUGAGUAAAGGGGCGUGGGUGAGCAUCCUCUCAAAGGAAGCAGUUUGCCAUAUGAUUCCCAAUUCCUGCUGGUGUCACUUGUGGUCCAUAAUAAAAAGGUCAGGGAAAAUGCAGUUGUGGAGGACUACUCUAUUGCUGAAGAGAAAGUAAAAGGAAUCUUCUAAAAAUUCAGGACAUUCAGGAAAUUAUAUUUUCCUUUUUUUUUUUUUUUCCUGUCAUAUUUUUCUGGAAGUGACAUCAAGGUUUUGUAAAUAGAAGUUCUAUCUCAUGUCCCUGGUUAUGUUAUGGAUACGUGCCAUGAUGUACUGUACCAUGGCUCUAGUGGCACCAUUACAUUGGUGUCUUUUUUAAAUCCAGAAAGGGCGUGAACGCUCGAAAAGUUCCUUUUUACAUGUAAGAAUUGUUCUGAGGCUGCAAUCAUACCUCAAGGUUGCAUUCCUACAUCGACUAAUCAGAGCUUCACAUCAUCCAGCGUUAAAGAAAGAUCAGAAAAAAAGAUGCACUUUUUUUUGAUUGUGCAAGGAUCUCGUGUAGUAUAAAGCCAAGUCUGAAGGUUGUAAACCUAUACUGGACUGAACUUGAUGCAUUGCUAUUGUACAUGUAGUAGGGCAUGAUGAAUUUUAAUUGCGGUAGGAGGAAAUGGAGAAGUAGAAAGCACAAAACAAUGUUGCACAAGUCACUUGAAUUCUAAGCUGUUGUUAUGUUUUAACAUCUACAUGCUUUUUAAUUUGUUUCAAAUGAAAAUGUAUUUGAAGUACAGAAAAGGGAAAGGGAAACAUCUAGAUGCCAAGAAAGCAAAACUUAUGUUGAAUUUGGCAUUUUGUGUGCUGGGAAUUUAUAUCCUUGUAUUUCUCUGGUAAUUCAAACACAUAUUUUGUAUGAAGUGAUAUAAACAGUUGGAUAAAGGCUCUCUGCAGCAAAUCUUAUUAUUUUGAACAGGCUGUGUAAAGCUGAGGAAGGUAAAUGGAAAUAUUUUAUUAAAUUUGUCUGGCCUUUUGAGCUUUUACAAUUUGUUGAUUGCAUUUUUGAACUUUCAGCGACAACCACUUUUCAUAUUUAUUUCCCAUUGUAAGAAUGCUUGAAAUCGAUUGAAACUGUGUAUGUUGUUCUCUGAUGUAAAUGUGCCAGCUACUGAGCUAAAUCCUUCUAGGCAAAUCUAGUGCAUACUGCAUACAAAUGAGACACUGGCAGGACACAGAAUACCUUAAAAUAGUGUGGAAUUUUUGUUUCCUUUUUUCUGAUUUAUCUGGAAUAUAUAAAAAAAUACCAUUUCAAAACACAGGCAAAGAAAAAACAUUCUAUUAUCUUUUCUCCUGAACAUCUCAAAAGCCCAGAGCUGCAACUGAAAGCACAUUGUAAAACACUUUUAAAAAUAACGGUCUUUCUGCCAUUGUUCUGUACAAUGUUAUCCAUAAUGGCACACAAAGUAAUAGAAUUUAUAUGUAGUUCAUCAGAAGGGUAUUGAAAUGUGAGUCAAGUGAAGAAGUUGUAGCGUUUUAUACUGUGUGGAUUCAGGUCCUCCUUUUUACUCCUUAUAGACUCUUGCAUUGCACAACCAAAGAUUAUGUAAUGCAAAAAUGAGAUCAAAUCAUUGUAUCAUAGUUGCCAGUUCCUUUUUGGCUAUAAGGGACAGUCCACAAGGCUCUCCUUAAGAUUGUGCCAUUUAGACUGUAUAAUUUCAACUAAUAAAAAAAUAUACUCUCUUCUUCACCUUUGCCUUCAGAUCUCCUUCCCAGUAUACAGACAAGGAAAUUUCAUGGAAGAGAUGAAAAUAGGUGAUUGCCAGUAUUUUUUUAUAAUCUUUUAAACAAUCUAUGGGGAAGAGUCUGCUGGCUUUGAACAGUGUUUUGUCGAUGGACUCAGCCUGUCAAAUAUUAUCUUCAGUUAACAGGAAGUUCUGCCUUUUUUUUCAAAUCUUUUUCCAAGAAGCCUUUCCAUGCAAUGGUACAAAAUGAAAAGACAGCUUUUGUUAGAGAGAAAUGAGCAGUCAGUUCCCUCAAUGAAUGACCAAAGUGUUGAGUCAUGAGCUGCAGUCUGAUCCUUAGGCUUUGCACUUGGAUGUUUUUCUCUGUAGCUGGUGGUUUCCCACCAUUUCACAUCCCAAUCUGUCAUCUCACUUUAAAUUUAAACAGUGAAGGCCCUUAGGCCUUUGCUUACCUCAGAUCAGUCUUUAAAAACUAGCUCCAAUGACAAACAGAAUUUUUUGUUCAGACUACUGCAGAACCAGUCAAGAAUUCCCACUGCUGGGAUUUAGGUGUGAUGUGGAUUUCAAGAACUCUGCAGCACGGGAAUGGUUGAAUCUGCAUGGCUUUAAUUCUGUGCCUUGCCAGUCAUACUCUUUCUUUAAAGCCUGAGAAAGUGGCACCUGACAUAGUUUUCUGCUUCCCUCUAUGCACAGCACUGUGUCAAAGGAACUAAGUGUCUUAUGGUGCAAAUACACAAUCUGCUGGCUUUUGUAGUGGAGUUGGUUUAGGAAGGGUUAUUUUUAACGCAGAUUGUAACAAUGGUCUGACUCACAUCAUGACCCCACUGGGAAUUGGCAUGAAAGGAAGCUCAUGUGCAGUGAACUCCUGCACAAGGGUGAGAAUGAGGGGCUGGGGAAAGGCAGAGAGUUCAGCUUCUUGGGAUAGUUUUGCUGCCAGCACAUUGUGUAACUUCACUCUCACUGCAUGUUCUUCCCAGCCAGGUAUUUUUUUUAACCUGUAACCAUGCCAGGAGGAAAGCGGUGACUCAAAUUCCCAUCAUCUUAACAGAAUUGUUCAAGGCCAUCAGCCAAUGAGCUGCUGAGGAAAAAACUCCCCACCAUAAAUUGAGGUCACUAGGGGGGGAUGUUAACCUGGGACUAAAGAAUGAGGAGCUCUCAUUAAAUCUGGUCCAGUUAGAAUAGGAUUUGUUCCUAGUGGCCUUUGCCAAAACCCUGAUUCCUCACUGUUGUUGAGCAAGGUACUGGGUUCUUUUGAUUCACCUGACCUUCACCAUCUGCUCUGGAAGCAGGUACUUUUAAUUUAAAACUAUAUUAUUUCUGAUGGGCAUUUUCUGGUGAACGUCUCUACUGCAUGCCAAUGCAAGGUGAUAUCACAAGUUUUCCAGCACAUCUCUAAAUUUUGUUCUCCUAACAUGGUAAAGUCUUAGCAUAGAGUCAUACCUGAAAUACUGUCCUCACAAAGUUAGAUUUUCUUCCACAACAGUAAUAAAAUCUUGGUACCAGUAAGUAUUUUCAGAGAUUUAUGCAUACUAAAGUAACCAAGGUGUAGUUAGUGGCACACUCAUAUUAAUAACUUCUGCUGGCCCUGCAUGUCAGUGUGCAACAGGGCAUAACCUUGUUUACUCAGUGUGACAAAGAAUAUAAUGGCCCUGAGCUGUGUAUUUACUUCACAUAGUCCUAGUGAGUGUCUGGAUACAGUAGAUUUAAUAUUAUUUAAAAUCCCAAUAUUGAUGAUUUUUUGCAUCUGCUGUUGAUUUUGGCAGAGCUGUAAACAAAUUCCUUGCCUGAAUUGCUCAUAGGCAAAUACUGCAUGCUUUAAUGAGAGUUCUUAAUCUAACUUGUCACUCUGUUUACAUCAAACAGUUUCUUCCUGGCCCUUUAUCUAAUUUGCUUCAUCUCUGAUGUUCUGUUCCUUCUCAUUCUCUUCACAAUUCUUUUAUCUGUUCUUUAAGGAUGUGCAACUCAAAAGUGUUUGACAAUAUUGCUCAGUGAUCUCUCCACAGAUGAAUAAUGCCUUUGGUGCACAUUCAGUGAUGCUCCUACAAUAGAAGCCUUAUCAGAGGGAUGAAUUUGGCCCUUUGGCUUUUCAGUAGAGUAAAUUAACACAUUAAAAGGUAGCAGAUAAAAAAGCUUGCCUAAAAUUUAAUCAGAAUUUUUCUCAGUAAACAUUCAGUAACUGGAGUUUCCAAACCAUUGGUUGCAAAUCAAUGAGCAGAGCUGUCCACAAACCCAGAGGCAGGCUGUUAGAUUCCCUUUGUAGUGCUGCCUCAUUUUUCCUUUUUUCAAAAGGUUGAAAGUGAUUUUGUGAGCUGAAGUGUGUUGGUUGCCUAUAAUAGAGUUUGUUUUUUAGAAGCUAGACAUCACUCUGCUCCUUUUGUAGGAUAAUAUAUGGCACAUAAAAUAGUAAUGUUACAAAUUCUGAUGCUAAGAAAUCUGUGAGAAUGGUUUUGUAAUAAUUACUGGGCAAAUCUCUGGCUAUUCAAGUUCCUUACAAUAGUGCUGGAGUUCCCAGCUGGCUGUCCUCAUGAGGUACUACAACUGAAGGAGCUGUAGUGAAAAGGGCUCUGUAAUAAAAUCUGGUGGCUGCACAAUCGAAAAACAUUAUUGUGGAGUCAAAUGACACCACUGAGUUUUAUCAGUCAUGGUGAACCAAUGCCAUCAAUUCAAACUUUGAGGUUUUGCUCCCUUAUAAUGAACAAAGGAGGGAUUUUAAACAAGCAGAGACACCACUGAGUCCCUAAAAGUAUUGAGUGUUAGACCUGCUUUUCUGCUAUAAAAAUCUUACCCCUACCUGAGAGCUACCCAUUAAAAAAGAAGGAAAUCAAUCCAGUCCUUAGUAUGGAAAAUCACUCCCAGUUCUUGUAUCUUACAUUUUUGCAGAUUUUAUUAUUAAUUUUUUAAUUUAUUAGUGAUUUUGCAUAGGAUGCAACGAGGACUGGGAAAAAAGUGUUCUUGCCCUGAAGGAAUGAUGAGUUUAGACCACUAUUGCAAUAUUUUGUCUUUGUUUAUUUUAAUAGGACAGAACAGAGGGUUACCUGGUGUUCCUGGCAGGGAAAGUUUCUCCUAACGUGUGGCAGAUAUCAGAGGAAAGACUUUGGUUUGGGUUUGAUCCUGUGGCAUCUUAACUAUCUGCCCCAUUGCUCUCCUAAAACAUCAUUUGCCAGACUUUCCUGCUUUUAGAGAAGCAUGUGCUCACAAGUAAAUAACUUUGCUUGGCAAUUAAGGACAGCACAGCAGUCACCUUUAUUAGAAUUAUGGCCUGAUAACUCAGAUUUCUCAGAAGGCCUCAUUUUGAUUACUAGAAUAAAAUAGUUUUAUACACAUAAGUCUUGCAAUAGAAUUAAUUUAACUGUAGGUGCAAGCUUCUCUUGUACGUUCUACUUAAUGAAAACAGAUUUCUGUUGCUCCUCGUGUACGAAAAGUACCUUCCAGGGUUCUGCUCUGCAAGUGUUUGAAAUUAAUUAUGUAGACACUUUUCAGUUCUUUUUGUUGCUCACCAAGGAACUAAGAAAAGAAUUUGCACAACUCUCGCAGUGCUUUGGUAUUUUGCUAUGAACUAUAGCUCAGUAGCUGAUACUCACAAAUGCCUGUUUAUUGGAUGAAAAUGCAUUAAAACUUAUUUUGUAUGUUGUAUUUUAUUUAACUGCCUAGAAAUUAUAGAUUCCCCUUUUUCAGUAAGGGUGUGUUUAUCCAUACUUCACUGAUGACAAGACUUGAAUUAACUGGCUUUCUUGAAACUGUUUAAUGGAACCAGUACUCUGGUUUGCUAGAUGGCUUUAGGAAGAGGAUGCCAUUCAGGAAAAUUAUGCUUACAUUUUUGAGAAAAAAACACUUUCCUAUUCAUGUUAUAAUUGGAUUACACAAUAACAUUGGAAGCUUUUCAUGGUUUUAUUUAAGUCUGCAUUGGCAGUUUGAAAAUUACUCUGGCAAAAGCUUGUUAAGCACAUGAACUGGAACGAAGUCCUACUCGAGAGUAGGAAGUAGUACCUAGCAAGUACCAGUGAAUACUCAUGCAUCUCUUUUGGUGCUUGGGUGCAAAAAAAGCCCUGAAGAAUCCAAAUCUGUGUUAAAAUCAGCCUAGUCUUUCAGGUUGUCCAACAGCUGAUAGAACACAGGCCUGGGGAUCAGGUCACCUGGCUGGUAAUCCCAACUGACUGUCUGACUUUGUGCAAAUCUUGGAACGUCUUUGUGCCUCCAUUCCAAUAAGUUGAAUGGAAAUACUAGUUUUUAGCCUGCCUACGUCUGUCUCUUAUCUUCUGAGAGGUUUCUCAGGAAUAUUUUGAGGCUGGUUGAUGACAAUUGGUGUUGCCAUGCUCAGAACCCUAUUAGUGCUCACCGAAGGAACCUCAGUAAAAAUAUGAAGUUUUCUGCUAUCUGUGUAGAAACUGAAUAGCUAAACAAUCUCUUAGGAUAAAAUCAUGAUGCUGUUGAAUUCUAUGGAAAUCUUGUCAAUGAUUUCAGUGAGGCUUCAGUUUUUCUACCUUGUGUCAUUUUUAGUUACUGGAAGUGCAGAAAAACAGUAGGACAAACCACCUGAUACAUGUUACCUUUUCACAGCAAUGUGUUGUUGGUUGUGUUUUACUUUGCAGCAUCAGUUGUUUCAAAAUUAUUAUUCCUGAACAUGUUGCAGAGGUUCAGUUAAUGCAACCACCUAUUUAUGCUUUUAUGGAGCAAGCCAAGACACUUGGCGAUUGUGCUGCAAAUUGCAUUUUUGUGCUGUUGUUCGUUUGUUUUUUUCACUUGGAUGUGACUCAGUUGUUCAAAAAUGUUUUUACUGCAGACUUUGACUCUGUCACGCACAUCUAAUUUAAAAACAAUGAGUCUCAUGAUUUAUGACUACUUUUAUACUGAAAUGGGAUGUUUACAAUGCAAUGUUUCUCACAUUUCACCCUGUAUCUGUGGCUUCCUACUGAGGCUAUCCCAGUUGGCACAAUGCCAUUAGAAGUGUCAGUAAUUUAUAAAGUGAACUCUCUCAAAGUACCAGAAUGCAAUUAAAAAACAUUUUUAUAAAUCUUAACAUUAAAAUCUAGCUGAUUUUAAUGCUUACAGAUUGCGUGAAAUUUCAAGGAGAUUAUUUGUUCAAAAUUUUCUUUCCUUAAGCUUGUUUUGAAGUUUGAGCUCUCAUUUAUGAUGUAAGCUUCUGAUCCUGCAGCUUCAUCUGAGCAAGCCAAACAGAGCUUGGCCUGUGCAGAUUGCCAGGCUUUGACUGCAGGAAUCUGUCAGUGUGAUGAGGAACACAGUAAGUGAUGAGAUUUCUGAAGUCCUAACAAGAGUGCUCUUCCUAAUUCUCUUAGGCACUCUUGAACAUCACGUAAGAAAUCACAUACCUUUCCUAUGUUGACUCACCAAAUAAUAGCAGGAGUAUUUUCAUUCCAUUUGAAUUUUAAAAUUUUUUUUAAAGGCUAUGCCAACUGUCUAGGUAAGUGUAACCUUAACAACAUUUAGUCUUGAUGUCUUGGAAAACUAUAUCAUAAGAUCACUUAUUUUGCCAGUGCAGAAAAUCUCAUCAUUACACAAAACCAGAGUAUGUUGUGUGGCAGUGGGCUUUGGGCACUGCUCACAGGAUAAUUAAGCUUGGAAAAGACCUCCAAGAUCAUCAAGUCCAACCUUUGAGGUCCUAUUAAGUUUAGUGUUCAAACAAGUUUGUGAGCUCUGGCACCUUAUAACAGGAGGUCUUCAUUCCAGUCUGAGACAGGUGAAGAUAACCCAAUUAUUACCAUCCUGUUCUCUUCCCUAGGGAGAAUCUCCUGUCCUUGCUGGCUAGAUGUAGAACUGUAUUGAUCCUGAUGUGUCUUUAAACAUUACAGCAUUUUUUAGCUAUUUUAAAAAUGUUUUCAAAGAUGUGGUUUAAGUUCAAAUAAAAUAGUCUUUGAAGUAGUUAUAGGUGUACCAAGUUGAUUUAGUUGAGAGGCAGCUGCCUUUUCCAGCCAUUUCCUCAGUUGUUGUAUGAGCAGUGCUUGAUAGUCCUGCUGGAAAAAACAUAACAUAGCUAUUAUAAUAUGCUUUCCUUGGGUUUUGCCUUAUGAUUCUGCUGUUUUGUGCACCUCUGCAUUUAUUUCUGAAGGGCAGUACUUCCAGUGCUAAACACAAAUAGAGCAGUGUUUUCUAAUAAAGUCUCUGCCUCAUUUUCUGCUGUGGAGAUUUACAUGUGGAGAUUUGGUAUUUGAUACUAAAAAUAUAAACUUUUCAUCCAAGAAAAAAACCAGAAUUUCUAGGCAAAGUCACUGACACUUAGUGCUAUGUGCCUGGAUUGACAGAGGGCUUAUUUUUGCCAACCAGGAAUCCUAUUACUGGCAGAGUAGUGUGUGCAUGAAACAUCCUACGAUACCCUGUUGCAUACUACAUCUGGGACACAGUGUGAGGGCCUGGUCUAAAGAUACAGCCCUCUCUCACCUAAAUGGCACAAUGUUCCUUUCUGGGGGGCUUUCCAUUGAUACCUUUAUGCUUGUUGCACUAUCUUCCAUCUUGGGGCCAAUCUGUGAUAAAUAUCAGCCUUAACAAAUGUCCCCAAACUAAAAACAGCACUUUGGAAAGAUGCUAGUAAAGCCUCACAUAAGUCUGGGAGCAGCAGGUGAGUAUUAUUAUACACAGUUCUCAUUCGGCAAUUGAAGCUGCACUGUAAUCAAGUUUCAUGCAAAUUAAUUUAUGAAGAUGGCCCAGAACAAACACGAGGGUGCUGUGCAAGUGUCAGGAACUGAGAAGUUGCUCUGCAAAAACUUUAAUCAAGUCCACUGAGUUUUCCUAAGUAAAGAAAAAAACCCCAACAAUGGGGCUCUAUUUCAUUUCUAACUGUAUUUAUUUGUAGUUUCAGUGUUUUAUAAUGUAGGUUAAAAAGAUAGAAUUUCUGUGUUCUGUUAAUUCUAACUUCUGGGUUAAGUAGGACUGCAUCAGUGAUGUGUACUCCUAAAAGAUUUGUGGCAGUGUCAUCUCAAAAAGCUGAUUGUGGAAUAUGGCUCUUAAACUAUGGUAAACUCUCAAGAGUUACUGAAUUCAGUGACACCAUGACAAGGUUUUUUGUUGGAUUUCUUUUCUUUAGAAAGGAAUCACCCCCAACCCCUGUUUUUGAAAGCACUGGUUAUUCUGUCUUUUGGACCUCAUUGCACAAGUCCAUGAGGAUGGAUUCCUAUUUGGUAUCACUUCAAAUACUUUUUUGAAGGUGGUAGCUGCUUUUCAGCUGCUUAGUAAUCUAUGUUACUGCAAUUGCCUUGUUUUGUUCUCAGCUUCCCAAUUUCCACCCCACCCCCCCCCACUAUAACUUUCUCUCCUUUCAAAGAUGUACAGGUUUUUCCAUAUGGGGACACUCCAGAACACUAAGUCAGUAAAACCUCUAUAAAGUCAAUGUCUGUGAACUAAAGUGUGUUAAAUCCCUGUGUAUAUGUUCCCAUUUUGAAAUAAGGUGGCCUUCAGUUCAGGUUGUGUAAUCCUCCACCCGGGUAUUCAUCACAUUGUGCAGUUCAAGGUCGUUGGUGAAUUUUAAAGUGCUGAACAGGUUUCUGACCAAGAUAUUGGAGAACAUAUGUAAAGGGAUUCACCCUUCUGUACUCUCAGGGUGGCACUUAGGACUUAAGAGUGCCGCAUUCCUAACAGUUGGCUCCUUGAAUUGCGCCUGCCAAGCUCAUCACCUGCACCCCUGAGGCCACGUUUCUGAAGUCCUCUUUUCCUACUGCAGUAGUUUUCAGCACUCCCUGAUUUAUUGCCACCUGUAUGGUGAAUUUAAGCUUCCUGACAACAGUGUACUUUCUUCUUGGGUUUUUGUGGAUGUCGGGGUCUGGGGACUGUAUGCUCAAAGCAGCUGCUUUACCAGUAUAGCAGAGCUUGAUGCUAGGGGCAUGAUGUAAAUGAUGCCAGUAUAGCUAGGUUUAUUUUUAGAGUGCCCAUCAGAGGUAUGCUUGUUUGUCAGAAAAUAAUCUUCCUUUCUCUUUUUCUUCUUCAUUUAUAUCUGCCUGGAUCUGGAGGAUGACAGCCCCUCUUAGCAUUCAUGCAAGCAGCCACCAUAUCAGAAAAACACACACAACGGGUUUAUUACGGACGGGUUUAUCACUAAGCAGUGCAACUCUUACAUGCUUACUGUCACCCUGCCCUGUAACAGUGCAUGUUUUUCCCUGUGUGCUGUUCCCUACCUUGUGUGUCUGUCACCAGUCAGAGGACACAGCUGCAAAGAUGUGCAUGGAAGCUUAGCAAAGAAAAUGCUGAACCGAAGCCAUUAAAAUACAGUUCUCCCAAUACUGAAGAAAGAGCUCCUCCUGAAGGCAAAAAUUGGGACCUGUGGUUCUUUAAGUUAUUUGAAGUUUCCAUGUGUUUGCAUUGCAUAUAAGAAGAUAACACCUUUUUAUUAUACUUGCACUAUUUUGAGCCCUAAGCCCAGAAAAAGGCAUCACAGAAUCCAAGGAACGCAGUUACAGAGAAGCAAACCAAAGUGCAAACAAGCUCCAUUUACAGAUGAGGAGGAACUCCAGUGUGCAGACGAGGCAAUAGGAUGUGCUGGGGAAUGACAGUAGGGUGAUUUUUUGCUGGAGAAUUGGCCACACCGCUUGGCAUCGCUUAGAGUGAGUCAUGGAUUUCAGUGUUGGUUGAUACACUAUGAUGGUCACUGCCUGUGGUGUGUUAUGUUGGUAAGAACUCUGCCCAUACCACGUGUUUCUCUCCUAAACAGCCUGAUUUAUGUGCAUAUCUCUUCAUGAUGACACUUUCACCCAUUUAUUUCUAUUUCAGGCCUAAUCCCAAGCCUGCUGGUGUAACUGAACAUUUCUUUCUAACUUCUCUUGUGUCUCCAUAAUGUCACAUUUCCGUGUCUCUCCCACAGUCCUGAUGUCUUCUUGUCUGUCUUUGUUUAAAAGUGGGCUUAGAUGGAUUGCAAAAAUUGGGCAUUACUGGCAUGAAUACUUCAGGAAGUUGGAUUUGGAAAGGAGGGCAAAGUUGGCUCUUACACACAUCCCAUGAAGACUUGUUGACUCUCAAAGGGGGAUCUAGAAUGUCUAUUGGUGAAAAAGUUGACCUUUUCCAUUAGAACGUGCUGUUAAAUUCUGUGAUGUCAUUACUGCAACUAAACAGGGCAUUUAGAAAAACAAAAUGCUGCCCAUGAUUUAGGGGAUAAAAUAGUGGAUAACUGAACCUGCACAAGAAUUAGCAAAUCACAGAGGGAGCUUCUCUAAGAAACAAGGUCUGUAAGAAACAAACCUUUUACAGUGGCUUACUGAAAAACAUGGAUGAAAAAGACAAAUAUUGGGGGUUUAUUAAUUUUAUUAGUAGUAUCUUAAAAGUAUAAAAAUCUUUUCUUGUGAUUGAAACUAACAGUUUAUUUCAAAUUAAAAUCCUGUGCUUGCGGAAAGGAAAAUCAGGUCCUCUGGCAGUUAUAAACCAUAAAGGGGGCAUCCCUACAUGUCCAGUACAGCUGGAUUCUCAGUAUUAGGGGUGGGCUGGGCUUAAUUUAUGACUUUCCCAAUGUGUUCCAGAGGUAGAUGUGCAAAUAUUUGUGCUGUGCACACACACACAUAUAAAUAUGGAUAUAGUCUUAAAAAAACUUCUUUGGUGGUAUUAGUCUUCUUUCCCUCUGUUCACAGUGACACAUAAACCAUUAUAUUAAUUUGCCUUGGUGUUAAUUAUUUCAAAAUCUCUCUAAAAGAGUCAAAUAUUUGAAACUUCUUCUAUAACAAUUUUGAACAAGUGAUUUUUUUUUUCUAUUAAAAAGAUUAAAGAAAGUUCUCUCUCAUGCUUUCCAUGUAAGUGUCUGUACCUAUUACAGAGAGCCAUCUGCUCUUCCUUUGAGGUGGCUUUUCAGUGGGAUUGAUCCAUGCAGUGAGUCAACUUCUACCCUGUGAUUACAAGACUGGGGCUUUUGUUUCUCCUUUUUGAACAAUUUCUUAUAUUCGACAGCAAGAAACAAGGGGAAAAGUGUCUGUGGAGGAUGUUUUGUAAUUCGUUGCACCUUUAGGAAAUAUCUCAGAAACUCAAUAGUUUUGAGGUGGUUCAUUUCUGAGAGUUCCUAGUAGACGUGGAGCUGGUUUUGUACUUUCCAACAUCAUCUUCAUCCAACUCAUGGCAGUCUGAAAUAUCCAGUGUUUGGGAGCAGCUGAAGAAAUACCCAUUUUAGAAUGUGUUGUGACUAUAUCUGCCUGUAAAGAAAAAUAGCCUUUGUUUCUGACAUGUUUACUUAAACUUCAAGAAGUACAAAAUGUGCUACAUAAAUGUUUCUACCCCCAGAAAAUGAAAAAGCAGUUUAAUUAGGGGGGGUUUAUUUUUUUUUAUUCCCACAGUAAACAUUUUCUUAUUCAUUUCUUUGCCUUUCUUAAAUAAACCAAUGUUAUACUGUAGAAUUUGGAUAUGUUAAAGUCUAGAUUUCCUUUAUAUUCUAUGCGGUUUAAAGAGUGGAAUAUAUCAAAAUUGACAAAAAAUGACUUAAUUGUGAGAACUAAUAUUUAACCAGACAUGUUUUGUCAUAGUGGCUGUAACACCUUAUGCUUGUUUGCACACAAGACUGUCUUGGCCUGUUUCGACUAUUCAGGCAUCUCCUUUUUGUUCAGACCUAUAGAGACUUUUAGAUAAACCUGCGAGAAUGUGCUUUUACAAAUUAAAUUUUUUAAAGAAA